GCGGCUGGAAAUCCUGAGUCCCGGCGGACGAUUCCACUCCAAUUCUCGGGGGGAGGCUGUUGUCCUCGUCCGGGGCACUUCUGCGGGCAGCAUCUCCCUGUGGGUUGAACCAUGGGGGGGCCCCAGCAGCGAUGGAAACAAGAAGUCGGCCGUGCAACUCCACUUCGCUGAUCCACCCGGCUCCAUGUCCAUCCCUCGAGGUUCAGCCAGCAAUGGGACCACCGACAAGUGGAAGGACUUGGCUGACGAAGUGCGGGAGGCCUUCCUGCAUGCCUGGUCCGGAUACAAAC